CAAGAACAUACGUUCAUGAGUUGAGCAUGAGCACCAUUCAACAACAUCUAAGCAGCUAAAGCACUUAUUGUCCCAGACUCCAUGUUCUACCAGUCUUGAAGGAUCCAUUAAUGCUGCUGUAACGAAUUCACCAUGAGUGAUCUACAAAAAGCAUAUGCCAAAGCGAAGCUGGCACGCUACCCCGCCAAUCCUCCGAUUCCUUUUGAUGAAGCAGAAGAAGAGGAAGAGAAUGACGGCUUCGCUGAGCACCCAGUCGAUGACGACUCCUCUUCGGCGUCCUCUGCUUCAUCUGCUUCCUCAACUGGAACCAUAAUACCAUCUUCGAACCAGAACUUAUUUGCGCGACCUCAAGGAUCACCAAACAAAAGAAGCCUUGACCAAAUUCCUUGGACCGCCUACUUUGAGCGCGAGCUGUUCCUCGAGUCCGCAACCGAAUCCAUUACAAUAACACACCAUGCCUACCUCACAUCUCCAGUUGGGACUGCACCGCUAUUCGUCACACAUCAUGGAGCAGGCUCUUCUGGUCUCUCAUUCGCAGCUCUAACUGCUGAGAUUCGAAAGCUAUUACCCUCUGCUGGUAUUCUUUCCGUUGAUGCUCGAGGCCAUGGUUCCACAAAGAUUAGUCCUGAUCAAGAUCCCUUGGACCUGAGUUUACAAUCACUCAGCGAGGAUCUUCUAUCGGUGAUUGAUAAAACCAAAUCACAAAUGGGUUGGAAAGAAAUGCCACCUUUGGUCCUAAUCGGCCAUUCUCUUGGAGGCGCGGUUGUGACAGAUGUUGCGAAGGGGGGGAAAUUAGGCAAUGCCGUUCUUGGCUAUGCCGUUCUUGACGUUGUGGAAGGAUCCGCAAUCGAUGCAUUGCAGAGUAUGCAGACUUACCUUUCGACACGGCCGAUGGGCUUCUCGUCACUCCAAUCAGGCAUAGAAUGGCAUAUCCGCUCAAGGACGAUAAGGAACUCAAUAUCUGCGCGGACAAGUGUGCCCCCACUUUUGAUUAACAAUGGAGACUUAACUGGACCGAGAGCAUGGAAAUGGCGAACAGAUCUAGCUGCCACGCAACCAUUCUGGGAGGGAUGGUUCGUUGGACUCAGCAAAAAGUUUCUCGAGGCAAGAGGAGGAAAGCUGCUCCUUCUCGCUGGAACCGACAGGUUGGACAAGGAGCUUACGAUUGGCCAAAUGCAAGGUAAAUAUGCAUUGCAAGUCUUCCCCGAAGCUGGCCAUUUCAUCCAUGAGGAUCUCCCCGAAAAGACAGCUAUGGUUAUUGUUGAUUUUUAUAAGCGUAACGAUAGAAGUGCGCUUGUAUUACCACCAAAGGUGUCUGAUAUGUUAAGGGCCGGCAGGAAAGUGUAAGAAGGUACGGAGAAAACUAAGAACGACAUCAGGGCAGAGCAUCACCAAA